AUGCCAAGAGUAGCUGAAUGCUAUACUCUAGAUGGUGUUAGUGUUUCGAGUACAUUUGAUGCUGAUGAUAAUAUGUCAGAUGACCUCGAUGAUUGUCCGAAUCCUGAAGCGAACAAGAAAAGCAAAUCAAUCAAUACAAUUGCAUUUCAAAAUGUUCAAUCAAAUAUGACUGAAGAAAUUAAUAUUCCACCAGUUACUCCUACACAAACAACAGCUUCUCGUGAUUUACAUUCGGUAUCAAUAUGUACUAAUACUAAAGUACAUUGCCGUGCGGACCAAUCUAUGUUUUCAAAUGAAAAUCAUCGUUCAGAUCCACAUUUGUUUGUUGAAAGAUCCGGUUCAUUCAUCGGUGCCGAUGAUGAAGAUAAUCGUGCAUUAAACAAUCGUUUACCGUUGACACAAAAUCCAAUUGAAUAUGAUGAAAACCAAUUAUCGUUAACAAUGAAUCAUGCAACUUCUCAUGUAGCAAAUACUUCCAGGAACCAUGAACUUUUAAAGUCAAGAAACAACUUGUUGUCCAGGUCAAAUGCUGAUAAAAACACAAAUUUAUGUGUUUCGAAAAGCACGAUCACAUUAAGCACACCGAAUGUCGGCGAUAAUCGUACCAAUUGUAAUCUUAGUCAAUGUACAAAUAGCUUCAAUAUCGACCGUUCUAUUAUCCGACUGUCUGAUUUAAGUAAUAAUUCCCGUGAAAAUCGACCAACAAAUACACCUAUUCAUAUACGUACGGUUGAUAUUCUAAGUUCAAUUGAAUAUCGAGAGCUAGAGAGAAAAAAUAGAGAUUUAUCAAAUAAAAAUGGUGUUUUAAAAGAAGCGUUGAAGAAAGUGCAAAAAGAAAGAAAAAAAAUGGAAACAACUCAUAUGUUAAAACCUCGUGAAUCAUUUUGGAAUGAAUUAAAUUUCUUCAUGGAUUCAUGCAAUAAUGUGUAUCAAGGUGAUGGCCGAACUAUGGAUAAUAUAGCUGGUGAACUCGGUUUGAAUCCACUAAUUCUUCAACAAGUACAACGGGAGGCUGAUAAAGCUGACAAAGUCGCUAUGAACAUUUGGCGAAAGUUAUGUCCUACACGUGCCGAUCAAUUGUACGUAAAUUCAAUCAAAAAUGUCCCAACAUCUACAUUACAAAACAUUUAUACAUUGGCACGUUUAAGUUUUCCAAAAGGCAACUUGAAUUACAAAAAAAUGCGAAACGAUAUCGCAGCUAGUCUACGACAAGGUCAUUUUAAUUCUAAAGGAACUACAAACACGUCGUUCAUCGAUAGUGAAACUCAACAAAACGAUCAAAGCGAUGAUGAACAUGAAAUUGUUGUUUCUGGCGAAACUUCGGCUCAUUCCAAAUCAUCUUUUCAAGCAAGAAAUUCAAUUGAUCACACCAUUGAUGAUGAUGAUGAAGAUGAUGAUGAAGAAGAAGAAUUAAAACACGAAUGGGAUUACAUGGAAAAUAUCGAUCAAAUGUAG